AUGUACAGCCGCGAACGCUCAAGAGCAUACUCUGAACACCUCACGCCCCGGGGAGGCAAGGGAGGAGGCAGCAGGAGGCAGAGGGAGCGAGAAUGGGAUGGAGACGCUGCGUAUUACCCCGACGACGAUAGGAGGAGUCGCAGGCGUGGUGACCGAGAUAGGGGGAGGGAGAGAGAUUGGCAGAGGGAUGCGUGGGGUCAGGAGCGGGAGAGGGAGGGAGGGAGGGGCGGGGCGGGGUUUGACCCGGAUGGACCGAUGAGUGGUGUGAAUGCUAUACGGCCUCGGGGGAGUACUGGUGGUAAAGGCAACUUGUCUGUGGGGCCGUUGUUGAGAGGGGUGGGGCUGUACUUGACGACGGAUCUUAUGGAAUUGAGGGAGAAUCGCGCAGUGUUGCUCGGUACCGUCAAAUCAAUGGCAGGGACAGCCAUCGCCGACGCUCUCCAUACCCGUGUACAAGUGGUAGUCGUCAACAUCGACCCCGACUGGCCUACCAACCUCUGCCUCCUCGUCCAAGCUGACGAUACCGACACCUUUGACGUUUGCAAAGAGUACAACAAUUGGACGACGUCGAAUGCGAUAAGGCAUUUGGCGCAGGUGGUUGGGGAUUUGAGAGAGGGCGAGGUGAAAUGGCGGAAGAGGGUGGUGAGGAAAGAGUGGUUGACUGCUUGUCGGGAUAGUGGGAUGUAUCUUGGGGAGAAGGAAGGGUUUGGGGGUUGGGAAGUCAAAGCAACAUGGGAUCCUCAUCUCGCUAGCCGACCGAAUGAGCCGUAUGCGGGCGCAGAAGGCGAACACCAGAACGACGAGUAUCACCCGAGCGAAAGGCAAAACGGGCAAGGUGUCGAUGAGUCCUUUGACAGGAGUGAGAGAAAUGAGGAGGAAGGGAUCCGGGUGAAGGAAGAACCAGAUUUGCAUGCCGAAAAUAACGGCAACGCAUCUCCUUCUAGGCUUGCUCUCGACACUCCCGACCACCACCUGCCCAGUAUGACCCAACCCCGACCACCGCUCGAUCCAUCUCCAACCAAACCAUUCGAUCUUCGACUCAGAAUCAACGGCACAGAACCAUCCCCAUCUCAAGACUCUGCAUAUCUUCCCCGAGCUACAUUGCCGCCCGCCGGUUCACCCAUCAAUAUACGUCGUCCAGCACCUCCAUUGAGUGAGGCUUUGUCUGGGGUCAUGGCAGCGCCGUUGCCUGUGCUGAAUGGUGCUCUCGGUAAUGGGCAUGGGCCGCCUUCGAGGGCUGGGACGGCUACGGGGAGUGCUGUGGGUAGUGUGGGUAGUGGGACAGUCGGUACGAGAAGGGAGGGCUUGUUUGUCAUCGGAGGGAUGGUGCCGUUGACGUUCUUCAUGGUUGAACCCUCCAGAGCUGUCGAGAUCAUGAUCAAAACUCUCGGUGCCGGUAUAAUAACCCUCCCCCACGUCGCCCAAAUCCACCUCUUCCCCAUCCCUCGUCUUACCGCCCCUCAAAUCCCGGAACAUGUCUCGGCAUUGGAAGCAUUGAGAGGCGAAGAGGGGAAAGUGGCGAUUAGUCAGGAGUGGGUGUUGGAUUGUUGCGAGAGGAUGGAAGUGUUGCCGAUGGAAGCAUAUCUUGUGGGGUAGGUGUGGGAUAUGUGUUUUUGGUGGUGGGGAGGAGGAGCUUGAGAUUUUGCAACAGAAGCGGGCGGUGAAAUAUACGGCAUGACUUUUUCUUGAUGUAUCAAACGAAUGACUCGAUUAUGGAACGACGGUAUGAGGGGGUACGUUCUGAUCGUAGGCCGCAAACAAGCGAGUGUUGAUAGUGGGGUCUCAGGUGACCCAUACACCAUUGUCUUCAGUGUUCUCG